UGAAUGCCGAAUAGAGAUUACGCUUACGCCAGUACGCCAUUGGCAUUUGGGAUGAAUAAUUACUAUUAUAAAUACUAAUUCUAACUUAAAAGUUAAUUUUAUAUUAACUACAUCUAUCUCAUUCCUUGUUAUAAUAACUAGUUUCUACUAAAGUCUAAGUUUAUAAAUUCUAACUUCUUUUUGCAAUGUCUCAAGAAAAAGUAAUUGAAAAACCUCUGCAACAGUUUGUUGUACAAGCUCAAAAAUUGGAAGGUGACAGCUUAGUGGAAGUUAUUAAACAAGCGUUGGAUUGUGUUGACACAUUUGUGUUUGCGGAACUCUUAGAAUGCCCAAACGUUAUUGCACUGGAGACCACACCUCAUGCACCAUACCUACAUGCAUUACGUAUGUUUUCACAAGGUACAUAUUUGGAUUAUUUGGACAAAAAAGAUUAUUUGCCCAAACUCAGUGAACCCCAGAUGAAAAAACUGCAAUACUUAACAAUUGUUACAUUAGCCAAUAAAAUGAAAAGAAUACCUUACGAUGUUCUUUUGAAAGAGUUAGAUGUUGAUAAUGUCAGGGACUUAGAGGACUUAAUCAUUGAAGCGAUCUAUUCUAACGUGGUUUCUGGCGAACUCGACCAACAGAGUGAUUAUCUGGAAGUAGAUUGGACAGUUGGCAGGGACGUUGAAUCUAACGAUAUUGACAACAUGAUAGACACAUUACAGCAGUGGUGUGAUUCAUGUGAGAAUGUUCUUUCUACAGUUCAAGCUCGUAUUGUUGAUGCUAAUCGAACUAAACAAGAUGUACUGAAACACCGUGCUGCUGUCGACAAUGAAGUUGCUAGUGUGAAAAAAGCAAUUAGAACCCAAAUACAAGAUGAAGAAAUGUCAGUGGAUACUAGCGGUCCUACAAAAAAAAGUGUUAAGGGAAUAAAACCUAGCGGAGCUAAAUUUUGGAACAAGUAAAUAACUGCACAUACCUAAUAAUAAUUCACACAUUACAUUAACUUAUAAUGAUUAUGAUUAUGAUUUUUUUUUUUUAUAUACAAAAUGGUUUUAAUGUGUAUAAAUGAGCAGACUUAAGCCAUUAGUAUAAUAUAAUAUUUUUCCUAAUAGGUAAUCUUUUUUAUUUAAUUUUGUGGUAGAUAUAGGUACAGGAUAUACAAAAAUUAAUUUUUAGAUGUAUGAUGUACCUACCAACCUAUCAUAAUCUUUAUAUUAAUAAAGGUUUUUUUUUUAUUAUAAA